GACAGAUUGUAUUUGUGAAGGGUUUUCAUUGUUGCCCAUUCUCUCUUUUAGCAACAGGUCAACUACUAGCAACCAUGAUCGGAUACAGCGUCUACGACAGGAGUUCCAGCAAGCAAAGCAGGAUGAAGAUGUAGAAGAUCGGCGACGCACUUAUAGCUUUGAACAACCCUGGCCCAGCUCCCGACCUCCGGCGCAGAGUGGCAGGCACUCGGUGUCCGUGGAGGUGCAGAUGCAGCGCCAGCGGCAAGAGGAGCGUGAGAGCUUCCAGCAGGCCCAGCGCCAGUACAGCUCUCUGCCUAGGCAAAGCAGGAAAAAUGCCAGCUCUGUCUCCCAGGAUUCCUGGGAGCAGAACUACUCGCCUGGGGAAGGCUUCCAGAGUGCCAAGGAGAGCCUCAGGUACUCCAGCUACCAAGGCUCCAGAAACGGCUACCUGGGCGGGCACGGCUUCAAUGCCAGGGUGAUGCUGGAGACCCAGGAACUCCUUCGCCAGGAACAGAGACGGAAAGAGCAGCAAAUGAAGAAGCAGCCUGCUCCCGAGGGGCUCAGCAGCUAUGACUCGUAUAAGAAAGUCCAGGACCCCAGUUACACUCCCCCUAAGGGGCCCUUCCGGCAGGAUGUGCCCCCAUCCCCUUCUCAGGUCGCUAGGCUGAGCAGACUCCAGACUCCUGAAAAAGGGAGACCCUUCUAUUCCUGAGCAGAAGAGUGGAUGCUUCAUUCAUGCAAUAAAGGACAUUUUCUUAUGGAGACUUGUAUUUGGGGAGUUUUUUUAAAAACCUCCAUGGUACUAUGGAAUAUUUCUGUUGUUGGUAUCAGUGCCUUUAAGCAGUAUGGGCAAAGAAAUGGAAGGCCUUAAUGUCUUUGCCAGUAUGUCUCAAGUGUAUUUCAUGGAAGGAUUUCCCACUCUCUGACAAUCAUUUGCUCGAAGCAUUUGUCACAGCAUCUCUCAGGGGGACCAGGAAUUCUUGGCCUGACUCAAGAGAUGUUCAUGGCUUUGUGUCACAGCCCCAUACAACUAGUGGUGACAAAUUACCUUGAAGCUGAGGUAAUGUUGAUUUCUCUUUAUUCCCUUUAAGUUUCCUGUGAUGUGAGGCACAUCUCAGUUUCUGGUGGAUGAAAGUGAGUGACAUACUCCAGAAAUUGGGGUUUUACAGUACCUCAUAGCACAGUCAUUUAUAAUUGGUAUGGUUUUUCCUUUUCAUUCUCUGUUCCUCAUAACAGCAAUGUUCCUUCAUGUUAUAAAGAAGUUAAGCCAUAUUCCAUCACUGUCGGGUUUUCAUGGGGCUUCUUUUGUAACUGCCUUAUUCCUAAACAUUACCAAUAAAGUGAUCAUCUAUUCUGAGAUUACAAA